AUGGCGUCUCGCGGUGAUGGCCAGUCGCGCGGCCGUCUGGAUGCCACGGGUGACAGAGAGGUAGUUUUCUGUCACGCCUGCUCCAACGAGUGGUACCGCGACCAGCAUGGCUUGAUCUGCCCGCAGUGCGAGGGGGAUAUUAUCGAAAUCGUUAGUCCCGAGAACGACCCUCGUGAACCUCUCCACGACCCUCCGCCAUCGUCGCCUCCGCCCGAUCGAUCCCAGCAGCGGCAGGGUGCCUACGACUCUGACCCCGACGAGGCUGAUAUCGAGGAGCACUUGCAGGGCCAAGACGGGUUUCACUACCAUCGCAAUACCCGAACUGGGCAGCAAGGACAACAUCACGAUCCCGAGAUGGAGCCGGUGCUCAACCGCUUCCUGGACAUGAUCAGCGGCUUUGGCGGCGGCGGUCGCAUGCCCCAUGUGCAUGGUCACAAUGGGAAUCUGGACGAGGCCAUGUCCGACAAUGCUGGCGAUGGUCAGAAUACCGAUUCGGAUCAAGGCCGUGCCCACCAUCCGCACCACCACCAUCACCACCACCACGUUCAUCGCCGGCAGCACGGCUUCGCCACGUCAAAUUUGGGCCCAAACGCGACAGUUCACCGUGUUGUCAGCAACAUCGGUGGAGGUGGCGGCACUGCUAGCUUUACUAUCUACACGAGAACAGCCGUUCCGCGUACGGGAGACGACGGAAUGUGGGGUGAUCAAGGCUUCCAACAGCAUUUCAACAACAUAUUAGAGAAUAUGGGGCCGCCCCGUGGGGCCCAGCAAGACCAGGACUCCGACUCAAACAUCGGAGGAGGAGGCCCUGCCAUGGGGCCUGGGCCCGGUGACUUUAUCGCCAGUCUACAAAGAAUGAUUGCCCUUAUCGACCCGGCCAAUGCCGCGGUUGGAGAUGCGGUAUACUCACAGGAAGCUUUGGACAGAAUCAUCUCCAAUCUCAUGGAGAACAACUCGAGCUCCAACGCGGCUCCACCAGCUACAGACGAGGCGCUGGCCAAGUUGGAUCGCAAGCCAGUCAGCAAGGAGAUGCUGGCCCAGGAAACAAAGACGGAAUGCUCCAUUUGCAUCGACGAUCUCGUCGAGGGCGACAUGGCGCUGUUUCUACCCUGCAAGCAUUGGUUUCACGAGAAAUGCGUCGUGAUGUGGCUCAAGGAGCACAACACCUGCCCCAUAUGCCGCACGCCUAUUGAGAAGCGCGAGUCUGGAGCUGGUGGAAGCAACGACAGCAACACUGGUAGUCGAUCGGCCAACACAUCAUUCAACGAUCCUGGUUCCAGUUCCCAAGCGCCAAACGCUGGGGUGAGGACUUACCUGAGCUGGCUAGGCGGCGGCGGUCCAUCCAGCAGCAACAUAGGCACACCAACUGGCCAUGCGUCGGGUCAGUCUCCCAUACCCAGUCCCAGUGCUCGACCCCCAAGCCAAAGCCAGAGUCGGCUCAACGAGGCUAUGCGGAGUAUAUCGGCAAGACAGACUGCGCAGCGGGACCGUGACCGAGACACAGGCUCCUCAACUAGCCUCAGCUUUGACACGUCGUCCAUGCAAAGACGCAACUCCAUGUCCCCGACCAGUUCCCGUGCAUUCCCCGCGUCGUCGUCUCGGAUUAGGCAGAGGAGUCCGUCGCGAGGCAGCGGCAACUGGGCGACGGCUGAUGAAGAGUCAGCCUCGCAAUCUGCUCGUUCUGGUGGCGACGGUGGCAGUGGCGGACCAUUGAGCUGGAUCCGCGGCCGUCUCGGUGGCAACGGACCCUCCCGUGAUGCAAGGCCGUCGUAG